AUGAGAUUUGAUGGCACGAACCUCUGGAACACCACCAUAAUCUCUGGUCCCUCAGAGGGCGACAACUGGUGGAUGGGCAUCACCGGCAAUGGCGGCCAAUCCCUGUUCCUGGGCAAGUGGUCCCCAUUCCUCUCUUAUGCGAAAUGGGCUUUGGGGUCUACGGUUGUGGAUGGCAAAGAUGUCACCGGUGGCUUCUUGCCUGCGUAUGGGACAGGCGCCAUGACAUUUGUGCUUGGAGAAACGGCAGAUGGCCAGGUCAAAUUGGUCAACUCUGCAAGCUAUGGGGGUUCGAGUGGGACUCCCAUGACUAAUGAGUGGAGUGCUUGUGCGGUUGGUGAUUUCUUCUCCGUCGAAGCAGGAAGGAGAAUCGAGUCUGGAUUGGACUGUUAUGAUUUCGAGAUGGUGUUGAAGGAGACUGAUGCGCCUGCUCCUCAGUACUACCAUUACUGGGAUGAGCUUUGA